CACCUGCUAACCCCCAAGAAGUAUACUUUUAAGACGGUUUGUGGUACUUGUUAUAAGAGAUGUAUAAUAUGAAUUUUUUUCUUCCUUUUUUAAGCUUACAGCUGAGCAUGAGUCUUCUUAUGAUUAGUGAGAAUGUAAAAUUGGCUCGUGAGUAUGCAUUGCUGGGAAACUAUGACUCUGCCAUGGUGUACUAUCAGGGAGUUCUUGACCAGAUGAAUAAGUAUCUAUACUCUGUCAAAGAUACAUACCUCCAGCAGAAAUGGCAACAGGUUUGGCAGGAAAUAAAUGUGGAAGCCAAACAUGUUAAGGAUAUCAUGAAAACACUAGAAAGCUUUAAACUAGACAGCACUCCCCUGAAAGCUGCCCAGCAUGAACUGCCAACCUCGGAGGGAGAAGUGUGGUCCUUGCCUGUGCCUGUUGAGCGAAGACCCUCACCAGGACCUAGGAAACGCCAGUCUCCUCAGUAUAAUGACCCUAAACCACACAGUAACCGUCUGAGUACUGCUGUCAGAGUUCACCGUCCAUCUGCACAGAAUCUUCACAAUGACAAAGGGAAAGCUGUUCGAUGUCGUGAAAAGAAAGAACAGAAUAAAGGAAGGGAAGAAAAGAACAAAUCGCCUGCUGCAGUUACAGAACCAGAGGCAAAUAAGUUUGAUAGUACUGGAUAUGAUAAGGACUUAGUAGAAGCUUUGGAAAGAGAUAUAAUUUCUCAAAAUCCCAAUGUUCGAUGGGAUGAUAUUGCUGAUUUGGUAGAAGCGAAAAAAUUGCUUAAGGAAGCCGUGGUGUUACCAAUGUGGAUGCCAGAAUUCUUUAAGGGCAUUAGGAGACCAUGGAAAGGAGUAUUGAUGGUGGGCCCACCUGGCACAGGGAAGACCCUCCUUGCUAAAGCUGUAGCUACAGAAUGCAAGACGACAUUCUUUAAUGUCUCUUCAUCAACUCUGACUUCCAAGUACAGAGGAGAGUCCGAGAAGCUUGUUCGUCUUUUGUUUGAAAUGGCUCGAUUUUAUUCUCCAGCCACCAUAUUUAUUGAUGAAAUAGAUUCCAUUUGUAGUCGCAGAGGAACUUCUGAAGAGCAUGAAGCAAGCAGAAGGGUGAAAGCAGAACUGUUGGUUCAAAUGGAUGGUGUUGGAGGUGCUUCUGAAAAUGACGAUCCUUCUAAAAUGGUUAUGGUUCUAGCAGCUACUAAUUUUCCCUGGGAUAUAGAUGAGGCUUUAAGACGGCGUCUUGAAAAACGAAUCUAUAUUCCCUUACCAUCAGCAAAAGGCAGGGAGGAGCUAUUACGAAUAAGUCUGCGUGAGCUGGAGCUGGCUGACGACGUUGACCUUGCACGGAUAGCAGAGAAUAUGGAAGGCUAUUCAGGUGCAGACAUUACCAACGUGUGCAGGGAUGCAUCCUUGAUGGCAAUGAGAAGGCGUAUUGAAGGUUUGACCCCAGAAGAAAUACGAAAUCUUUCAAGAGAAGAAAUGCACAUGCCUACAACUAUGGAAGAUUUUGAAAUGGCUUUAAAAAAGGUUUCUAAGUCAGUAUCUGCUGCAGAUAUUGAAAGAUAUGAGAAAUGGAUAUUUGAGUUUGGAUCAUGCUAAAUUCUCACAUGUAAACUGUGAGAAAUCUGUCUUACAAGUUUGAAUAAUUAAAUGUAGUAUUUCAUUGCACUGAGUGCUAUAUUUUUUUAAACUUUCAUAAUAAGAUUUAAAAAACCUUUAUGAUUUUGAAUAAAGGUAACUUUUAAGCUGCAAAUUUGUUUAUUAUU